GUUUGGAAUGAAGAUAGGCAUUAAGAGUCGCGUGUGUCAGAAACCAGAGGACACACCGUAGCCAUGAAGCUAACACUACUGGGGGUGUUCUGUGCCAUUAUUGGGCUAUGUGCAGCACAGACUUUGGGAAAGAACGAGAAUGUGGAAUGUCCUCAGGUGAAAAUCCUUGAAGUUGGAGAUUCUGAUAAGCUCACGAUUCUACAAGGAUGUCCAGGAGCUCCAGGGAAGCGGGGUCCCCAAGGACUUCCAGGAGUGAGAGGCGAGAAAGGACCUCCUGGCCCUCCUGGACCUCCUGGAAAAAAUGGAGAGAAAGGUGAAAAGGGAGAUAUUGGUAAAAAUGGAGAACCGGGAAUUCCUGGGCAACAAGGACCAAGGGGACCUCCAGGGAUACCAGGACUCAGAGGUGACAAAGGUGACCAAGGUGUCUCAUGCCCAAAAGAAUUUAAUGGUGCCAGAAGCUGUAAGCAGCUACAAGAAAUUGGCUUUCACCUAACUGGAUGGUAUAUAAUUUACCCCGAUGCCCGGCGACCUUUGGCUGUCUUGUGCGAUAUGGAUACUGAUGGAGGGGGCUGGAUUGUGUUUCAGAGGCGCCUGGAUGGGUCGGUGGAUUUCAACCGUGACUGGAGCACCUACGAGCGCGGUUUUGGAAGUCAGCUGGGAGAAUUUUGGCUGGGAAAUGUGAAUCUGCAUCGGCUAACUUCAUUUGGGAAAUAUGAACUGCGAUUCGAUUUAGAAGACUUCGAGGGCAAUCAUACCUAUGCUACGUACAGCAACUUCCGAGUGGAGGGAGAAGCGGAUCAGUACACCCUGCGCUUUGAUUCAUAUGUGAAGGGCACUGCAGGGGAUUCACUGGCGACACAGAAGAACCAAGCAUUUUCCACCAAAGACCAGAACAAUGACAAGUCCAGUCGUCUGGAACAAAGCUGUGCUGAGUAUUAUAAAGGAGGCUGGUGGUAUGAAGCCUGCCACUUCUCCAAUCUGAAUGGCGAAUACCUGAAGGGGGUGCAGAGGGUCAAGGGUAAAGGCCUCAUCUGGAACUCUUUCAGGGGCAAUUUUUACUCGCUGAAGUCCACAGAAAUAAAGUUCCGUCCACAAACAAAGUAAACACAAACCUGUACUUGGUAGUAGCAGUGAGCAGAGUUUAAUGUUGUGACCUUAUAGAACCAACUAUUAUGUUAAUAUUGGAGCUUGGUGAUUUUAUAAACGCACCACCUCUUAAUUAUAUAGAACAAUGAAUACCCAAAGGGCAGAAAUAUGGAGUUUUGAGGUACAGAAAAAUUGAUCAACAUCAAAUUAUCAAAAAAAAAAAAUGUUUUUUUAUUAUAUUACAUAGACAAUAUAAAAUUACUAUAAAAUAUCCCUAUGGUUACAAUACAGAAGAAUGACUGCCUCUAGGGGUGCACUGAAUGUUUUUUUUUUUGGUGCCAAAACCAA